CUAUAAAGAUUUCAAUUGUUUUGUAUCCUUAAUCAAUGCAAGGAAAUCAAAUCAUGAUGAGAGAUAUUCUAAGGAUAAUCAGACAUCAUGAUUUCUCAAGUUCCUCUCUUACCAUUGUUUCUUUCAUGGUAAUAUUUCAAUCCUUUUUUCCCAAUAUUUUCUUCACCAUCUUCAAUAAUGUUUCUUGUCAGCAGCUUCUCUGGAUAUUGAUCACAUUUAGCCCACUAGUCACUGUCGAAGCCAUUACACCGUCGCAGUCACCGGCACCGGCACCGGCAUGGUUUACCAUAACUGAUGAUCCAGAACUGUCUUUUCCUCCAUAUAUACAACAACAAUCACCAUUCAGCGACAGAAAGUCAAAUAAACCAUCUGUCCGGAUAAUAGUAAUAUUGGUGAUUCUGUUAUCAGUUUUAGCAUCAUUUGCCAUCCUAGCCUUUAUCCAAUUUAUAAAGAAUCAGCUAGCAAAGCAAGCUGAAACCAGGUUUAGAUUGGAUGCUUUCUUGGAGGACAUAGCUUCGGAAAAGCCGGUUAAAUUUAGCUCCACACAACUUAGAGUUUGCACCAAUAACUACUCGACAAUUCUGGGAUCAGGAGGAUUUGGGAAGGUUUACCUUGGCCAACUUCCUAAUGGAGUUCGAUGUGCUGUCAAGGUGCUUCAAAGAAACCUUGAUAGAAAAACAGAGGAACAGUUCAAGGCCGAGGUUAUCACUAUAGGUCGGACCUACCAUGUAAACCUCGUAAGGUUGUAUGGGUUUUGCUACGAAAGGAAUGAGAGUGCCCUGGUCUACGAGUUCAUGAAGAAUGGAUCGUUGGACAAGUAUUUGUUCCAAGAUAAUAACAAUGUUCAAGAGAAUGGACCCGGAUUGUCUUGGGAAAGAUUGUAUGAAAUAGCUCUUGGAACUGCAAAGGGGAUGGCCUACUUACACGAGGAAUGUCAUCAAAGGAUCAUCCACUAUGAUAUAAAGCCUGCAAACAUCCUUCUUGAUCACAACUUCUCCCCAAAAGUUGCAGAUUUUGGUCUUGCAAAGUUAUGCAAUAGAGAUCAAACUCAUGUGACAAUGACCGGAUACAGGGGAACCCCGGGCUACUCUGCACCCGAGUUUCUACUCCACAACUUUCCCGUCUCUUACAAGUGCGAUGUUUAUAGUUUUGGGAUGUUGUUAUUCGAGAUAUUGGGGAGGAGGAAGAACUUGAAGAUGAGUGACACUAGUAGCAUGGAUUGGUUCCCGAUUUGUGUGUGGGAGAAGUAUGAGAAAGGAGAAUUGGAAGAGCUUACGAGUUCAUGUGGGAUUGAAGUGGCCGAGAGAGAACAGGCUCAGAGGUUAGCCACUGUGGCUUUGUGGUGCGUUCAGGACUCUCCCUUUGAAAGGCCUCGAAUGAGCGUCGUGGUGAAAAUGUUGGAGGGAGGAGUGGAAAUCUCGCCCCCUCCAAAGCCUUUUAGUUUUAUGUUUUCUGCGAGGUCAAAUGCGACAAAUUCAUCGAUGAAUACUGGUUCUGAAAGUAUGACAAGUGGAGAACAAGAUUCGUAUUGGUAUAGGGACUCCAAGUCAAUCAAGUCUGAAUGUGAUAUUCAAAUAGAUAAGAAUUAAGUACAUCUGAAAAUUGAAAUCAUAUUGUGGUGUAAUAUAUUUGAGUUGUUACAAAAUUUUCAUGUUUUUCUUCUUCUUUUUC